AGUGGGUGGAUGAGAACAGUGCAGUAGGUGGGAAUAGAAGUGGUGGGAGGAGGGUGACAGAUUGAGUGGGAUAGGCAGGGUGGGGGAAGCAGGAUAGUGAGGUUGGCAGGUAUGGGAACAAGGACGCUGGCAUAGUCAGGUGGCAUUGCGUUCAGCAGCGGUGGCAGGCCUCCUCAUGGUUAGAAUGGUGGUGCUGGUCUCAUCAGUGGAGAAGGGGGUUGUGCUGCCCGUGUGGUGUGCUAGUUGCUGGGGCGCAUCUGGGUGAAGCCAUUCCUUUGGGUAGGUUCCAUACAGAGUUUGGGUUUGGGGAGACCGCUGCUGUGGCAGCAGCAUUGUGCCUGAUUCUUAGGCCAUCCUGGAAAUGAGUGGCUGCUUUGGAACUGGCCUUUAACGUGUGGCAACCAGGCGAGGUAGAUUAGUGCUCUAAACUGUACUCAUUGUCAGCUUGGGAAGUGCUGCUGUUUCUUGAACAGCAGUACGUCCUCACAUCUGGGUAAGUGGGAGUCUCAAUUAACCAACAGAAAAGAAAAAUAAUUUUUAUGUUGUGGAUGACAUUGGAAAGAUAGUACUUUGGCUGUGCCAGGGCAUUUUUGUGUAAUUAUUUGUAAAGUAAUUAUGAAUAAUAGUAACCUGUCUUAAAACUUUUUGGGUGUGAGCAUAAAUCCUGAUUGUUUACAUGGAAAAUCAUAAAUUUUGUUAAUUGCUUAACUAGGCUAGAAGUAUGUGAAGAGGAUAAGAUGUGAGAGGAUAAGACCAAUCAAGUGUGACAGUGGAAAAGUGUGUGUGGAACCGGAGGAGAUAGCAGAGGAACGUAAUGAGUACUUUGCUUCAGUAUUCACUAUGGAAAAGGAUCUUGGUGAUUGUAGGGAUGACUUACAGCAGACUGAGCAUGUAGAUAUUAAGAAAGAGGAUGUGCUGGAGCUUUUGGAAAGCAUGAAGUUGGAUAAGUCACUGGGACCGGAUGAGUUAUACCCCAGGCUUCUGUGGGAAGUGAGGGAGGAGAUUGCUGAGCCUCCGUCGAUGAUCUUUACAUCAUCAAUGGGGAUGGGAGAGGUUCUGGAGGAUUGGAGGGUUGCGGGUGUUGUUCCUUUAUUCAAGAAAGGAAGUAGAGAUAGCCCAGGAAAUUAUAGGCCAGUGAAUCUUACUUCAGUGGUUGUUAAGUUUACGGAGAAGAUCCUGAGAGGCAAUGAUAUGAUUAGGAAUAGUCUUCAUGGCUUUGUUAAAGGCAGGUUGUGCCUUACGAGCCUGAUUGAAUUUUUUGAGGAUGUGACUAAACACAUUGAUGAAGAUAGAGCAGUAGAUGUAGUGUAUAUGGAUUUCAGCAAGGCAUUUGAUAAGGUACCCCAUGCAAGGCUUAUUGAGAAAGUAAGGAGGCAUAGAAUCCAAGGGUACAUUGCCUUGUGGAACCAGAAGUGGCUUGCCCACAGAAGGCAAAGAGUGGUUGUAGACAGGCCAUAUUCUGUAUGGAAGUCAGUCACCAGUGGUGUGCCUCAGGGAUCUGUUCUGGGACCCCUACUCUUCGUGAUUUUUAUAAAUGACCUGGAUGAAGAAGUGGAGGGAUGGGUUAGUAAAUUUGCUGAUGACACAAAGGUUGGAGGAGAUGUGGAUAGUGUGGAGGGCUGUCAGAGGUUACAGUGGGACAUUGAUAGGAUGUGAUACUGGGCUGAGAAGUGGCAGAUGGAGUUCAACCACUUAGUGUAAGGUGGUUCAUUUUGGGAGGUCAAAUGAGAUGACAGAAUAUAGUAUUAAUGGGAAGACUCUUGGCAGUGUGGAGGAUCAGAAGGAUCUUGGGGUCUGAGUCCACAGGACACUCAAAGCUGCUGCGCAGGUUGACUCUGUAGUUUAGAAAGCAUAUGGUGCAUUGGCCUUCAUCAAUCGUGGGAUUGAAUUUAGGAGCCGAGGUAAUGUUACAGCUAUAUAGGACUCUGGUCAGACCCCACUUGGAGUACUGUGCUCAGUUCUGGUUGCUUCACUCUAGGAGGGAUGUGGAAAUGAUAGAAAGGGUGCAGAGGAGAUUUACAAGGAUGUUGCCUGGAUUGGGGAGCAUGCCUUAUGAGAAUAGUUUGAGUGAACCUGGCCUUUUUCCUUUGGGGCGACGGAGGAUGAGAAGUGACGUGAUAGAGGUGCAUAAGACGAUGAUCGUGUGGAUAGACGAGGCUUUUUCCCAGGGCUGAAAUGGCUAGCGUAAGAGAGCACAGUUUUAAGGUGCUUGGAAGUAGGUACAGUGGAGAUGUCGGGUAAGUUUUUUACGCGGAGAGUGGUGAGUGCAUGGAAUGGGCAGCCGGCGAUGGUGGUGGAGGGGAAUAAAGAUAGAGGGCUAUGGGUAUUCCUUAGUAAUUUCUAAGAUAAGGAUGUGUUCCAGCACAGCUUUGUGGGCUAUGGGUAUUCCUUAGUAAUUUCUAAGAUAAGGAUGUGUUCCAGCACAGCUGUCGGUUUUCUAUGUUUCUAUUGUUUUGCGAACCCAGUUUUCCUGCCUUUUUCUCUAGGAAGGGAAUGCUGGUUUUCUGACUACAGUGUGGUUGACUUUUGUCAAUUUCACCAAGUUAAAGGGCAGUUAGUUAACUGAAGUGUUGACCUGGGCAAUGCUUCCUUUGAACUUGAGCUUCCAAUUGCCAAAAAGUAGGCAAAAUAUGGCUUCAAAUGUGGAUGGCAGAUAUCAUCGUCUUGGUGCACUCAUGGAUAACUAUUGUUUUGUAAUUUUCUCAGAAAGAUCCCAGUAUCCAUUAUUUACUUUGGUUACUCAAUAGUAAAAUGCAUAACAUGGAUGACAGAAAAUGAUGGGGUAGGUUAGUGGAUGAAGAUGUUGAUCAGUCUUCCUGCUAGGGGAAAGAACUUUUUGAGUCUGGUCAUGGUGUGGAUGCUAUGGAAACUCCUCCCUGAUGGGAAAGGGACAAACAGUCCAUGAGUAGGGUAGGUGGGAUCCUUCAUGAUAUUGUUGGCCUUUUCUUUGGCACUUUUCUGUGUGUGUGUGUAUAUAUAUAUAUCCUUGAUGCCAGUGGCAGUAAUGCAUUGGGCAGUUUUGACUAACCCUUGUGGAGCCGCCUUGUCCACUGUAGUGCAGUUUCUGUACCAUGCAAUGCUGCAGCCUGUUAGGAUGCUCUUUACUGUGCAGCUGUAGAAGGUCGUGAGUAUUGAGGUGCACGGUCCAGCUUUCUUCGGUGUCCUCGGAAAGUAGAGGCAUUGGUGAGCUUUCUUAAUUGUGUAGCAUGUGUUGUGGGAUCAUAAGUGGUUGUGUGAGAUGUGCACUUCCAGAAGUUUGAAACUGCACAGUUUCUACUGCUGUGCUGCUGAUGUAAAGGGGGGUGGGGGUGUGAGGUGUGCGAAGUCGAUAACCAUCUCCUUUGUCUUGUUGACAUUGAGAAAGGUUAUUUGCCUUUGACACUAUUGAUCAGUGGCCUAUUUUACAGCCCAACCUAGUAAAUUAAAAUGAAGAGCAUGAGAUUCUGCAGCUGCUGGAAAUCCAAAGAAGCACACAAGAUGCUGGAAGAACUUAGCAGGUCAGGCAGGAUCUAUGAAUAUCUUAAGCCAAGAGCCUUCAGAUCUGAAAAGGUGGGGGAGGGGAAGAGGGAUAGCUAGAAGGUGUUAGGUGAAGAUAGGUGGGUAGGAAGGGUGAAGGGCUGAGAGGAAUCUGACUGGAGAGGAGACUGGACUAUAUGAGAAGGAAGGAGAAGGACAUCCAGGAAGAGCUUUUGAAAGUUAUGCUUGAAAAUUGGUGUCUUGUCUUUGUGAAGGGGAUUUGAUUUACUACAACUAAUCCAUGUACAUGAUGUUUGGCCAGUCAAUAUUCUUCGGUGAGAUCUGCCCUGGAAGUCCUUUUGUAUCGAUGGAUAACUGUAUAGAAGAUGUACAAGGUCAGCUGAAUGAGAAGCUGAAUGAAACCAGGAUGAAGUUUUUUAGUUUGUGGGAGAGCUGUAAUCCAGCAGGAUUUAAGCACAGUUAUGUAGAAUCCAUAAAGAUUACAAGAGACAGAUGCAUUGAAAUACGUGAAGAGGAGGACCAGAUGUGUGAUAAAAUUAAAAUGAGCAAAAAGGUGAUUGCUGAGCAGAAUGCAUUAGUAAAGAAAAUGCGAGAAGAUCUACAGAUUGCAGACCAAAAAUUUGAAAAUAAUGAAAAACAAAAGCAAGAAGUGUUAGAAAAAAUCAAGCAGCUGAAGGAAGCACUUGCUAAAAAGCAGGAAUUAAUUUCUGCACAAAAGCAAGAAAAUAAAGCAAAACUUAAAAAAUUGAAUACAUCAGCAGAAAUGUUUAAGAAGCGAAUGGGUCUGGAAAUUCGAAAGGUCCAUGGGGAACAGCUGCAGUUUAUCUUCAAAUGCAUCAACAGCAAAAACCCUGAGCAGCUGUUUACAUUCUUACUGAAAUUUAAUGAAGAGGGCAAUUAUGAAGUCACAUCAUGUGAUCCACCACUGGAAUGUAUGCCUCUGCUACAGGAAAAACUCAAGGAAACCAACAAUUUCUCUGCAUUUCUUGCUAAUGUUAGGAAAGCUUUUACUGAACUAGCUUAACUUCCAAGAUGCAUUCCUGUUUUGUGUUCAACUUAAAUGUAGUUUUUCUUUAUUUUUGUCAGCCACAAACUUUUGUAUUUUAUUGUGUAAUAUGUUAAAAUGUUACUCUUGUUAAUAAUUAUUUGUCUGUAGGAGGUUGUUGCAUGUAUUAUAGAAGUCAAUAAUAAUUCAUUGAUUUCUGACAGGAAUACAAGAUAGCUUCAAUAUUACAGUUUAUUACAGUUGGGGAUAAUAAACACUUUUUGUC